GCAGCACCAUGAUGCCCGAGUGUUUACUCCACAAACAUUUUCGGGAAAUGUCCCCAACAAUAAUUAACUGGCUCUGAUCUGGACUUGGAUCUCAGCUCUACUUUGUUACUUCGUUCCUGACAAAAUGUGCGUCAGAUACCUUGGAUUUAUUCUUCUGAUUUGGUUUCCUGGAGUGCUACAUGCACAAAGUGCAGCACAGUCGUGUAGUGCUCCCAGACUGGAUGGUGGUUUCUUUGCCCCAAAACAACAGACUUAUUCUGAUGGAACAAAGCUGACCUAUACCUGUGAUGAAGGACAUAAACCAGCAGUGAAGGGUUGGUGGGCAACAAGCACAUGUCACAAUGGAAAAUGGUCUCCUGAACCACAGUGUAUAGAUGAAAAAGCCUGCCUGCCACCAGAUAUACCCAAUGCAAAAUACACAGGAAACCGGAGUGGUUGGUAUAGGGAUGGACAAAUAAUCAGGAUAACAUGUGAUGAAGGAUAUGAACCUAAAUACAGACAUGUCACAGCCAAAUGUAAUGGCGGAACAUGGACGUCUCUGCCGGUCUGUGAGAAAAGUAUUUAUGCAUGUGUUGAGCCCCCUAAAAUCCCCCAUGCAGUCAUCAUUCAUCAGGAAUACCAGGAGGUAUUUGCUGCAGUUUCAGAGGUGCAGUAUGAAUGUGAAGAUGGAUAUACUGUAGAGGAAGCAGACACCACAAAGUCCAUCUUUUGCAUCUAUGGCAACUGGACUGAAGGCCCAACAUGCAAAUCUUCUAGCACCUCUGGCUCGAAUGAGAGAACCAGUAGACCUCAAAUCACAACAGUCGACCACUGUGGAGCAUACCCGAACGUUCCAAACGGUGAUGUCGUGGAAAGGUAUCGAACGUAUAUAAAGUUCCAAUGUAAUGCUUUUUACACACAAGUCGGUUUAGGCACCGUGGUGUGUUACAGUGAUGGGACUUGGUCACAACUACCCAUCUGCAAAGAGGCGUUCUGCGUCCUGGAUCCUGCUGAACAUGUUGGGGCCAAUUUUAGACUAUCUGGAGUUGAGUAUUUAAAGGAAGGAGAGGAGAAACAUAUUCCGUGUAUUCAGCAGGAUUACAGCAGCCGUGUUCAGUGCACUAAUGGAAAAAUACAUUUCACCCAGUGCAUGGAAACUGAACCAGGUGCUGGACAGAACGGUUCUGCAGAGGUGGGAACAGCUGGUGUAAACACUACAUCUACUGGGAGUGGGAUACACCCUGAAGGUGGAGGCAGCAGACCAGGUACUGGACAUGGUGGAUCUGCAGGUGGGGGACACACUACAUUGACUGGCAAUGGGACAAAGCCUGUGGGUGGAGGGUCUGCUAGCAGCUCCGAAGAGAAAGAGAUUCAACUUCAGAUCACAACAAUUAGGACCUGUGGAAAUCACCCCGUAGUUCCUAAUGGUGAUGUUGUGGAAAACAAUCCAAUGUUUUUGAGGUACCAGUGUGCUCCAUUUUACAAACGAACGGGUCCACAGAGUGUGGUGUGUUACAGCAACGGGAAAUGGUCAGAAACACCCACCUGCAAAGCUGCCUUCUGUUCUGUGGACACUGGUGACUAUCCUGAAUUAAUACCUGCUGGAGUUAAAUAUAUAAAAGAGGGUGAGAAGGCGAGAUUGGAAUGUGUGCAUCAGGAGCGAUGGUGGACGACUCAUUAUUCUGUGGCUCGCUGCAAUAAUGGAAGAAUCAGACUUUCCAGAUGUUGUGACUGGUGGGAUUUAAAGAGGGAUAUUUGCUGAGGCUACAGCACCAAGAGGAAGAAUACUGCUGCCUUUGGAUUUGCUCACCACUGAUGGAAAACAAGUUAUGCUGGCUAAGUUAUGAUCAUGCUGUCACACACUGUGUUGUGUUGUUUAUCAAAUGAUUUCUCGCUUUUUGUUUUGAUCUGUGACAGCCUACAUAAUGUACCAACAAAUUCUCUGUGUGCUUAAAGCUACAAAGAUUCAAAUGUGGUGUAAAAUGUAUAUUUUAUUGCUUAUAUUGAUUUCUGGAUUGAGCCAAAGAGGGUGGGUGUUACUCCUAAAUCUACCUUUCAAAUAAACAAAGUUCUGUUUCUAAUUUUUUUAUUACAACAAUUGUUUAAUUGAAGAUUGAAGAUGCAGCUGCAUUUGGAUUCAAGUCAAUGUAUUACUGAAUAAAUACAUAAAAUUUGAAUAUGCCAACAA